AUGAAGAAUGAGAUCAAGUUGUUAACUCAAAGAAUAGAGAAUUUUGAGAAGCACCAAAAGAUGCAAGAUAGCCAGAUAGCCCAGAUAGCCCAAUCUAUUUCAAGAGCACAAGGAACAUUUCCAGGGAAGCCAGAUAUAAAUCUAGUAGAGCAUUACAACCGCAUUGAGCUGAGGAGCGGGCGUAUUGUGGGAGAUCCCCAAAUCAUUACCCAGAAGGAACCUGACUCAGAGAAGGAGCCCUCUCUCCUAAUGCCCAAUCUGACUCAAAACAGGAAUGGAGAGGAGGCUACUAAAAAGAAACUGGUAACCUCCCAGAAGGAUAAAGAGUUCAACCGAUUCCUUAAGAAGAUCAAGGAGAUUUGCAUAGAAGUACCAUUGAUAGAUGUAUUGCACCAAAUGCCGAAGUUCGCAAAGUUCUUAAAAGGUAUCUUAUCUAACAGGAGGCAGAAGGGCGACUUCGAGACCGUAACAUUAAUAGAGAAUUGCAGCGCUCUCCUUACGGCAAAUUCUCCACCAAAGCUUCAGGAUCCAGGAAGUCUCUCCAUACCAUGCAAGAUUGGAUCUAAACUGAUACCGAGAGCUUUCUAUGACUUGGGGGCCAGCGUUAGCCUACUUCCGUACUCUUUAUGCAAGAAGCUGAGCCUCCAGAACAUUAAACUGACCACUAUGACACUGCAACUAGCUGACCAUUCAUGCAGAUACCCAAUGGGAAUAGUGGAAGACGUGCUAGUAGAUGUGGGUGGAUGCAUAGUUCCCACAGAUUUCAUUAUCUUGGAUAUGGAGGAAGACCCCAAGAUACUGAUCAUCCUUGGAAGACCAUUUCUUGCCACAGCUGGAGCCAUCAUCGAUGUAAAAAGUCAUAGAUUAUCCUUGGAGAUUGGCAAAGAAAAGAUCGAGUUUGACUUAUCUGAUUCCCCCAUCUACAACCCCUCUUCUCAGGACAAUUCUAGCAAGAUCAACAUACAUAAAGUCGAGGAGUGCAGUGUCCAUGAGAGUUCCCCUCCAGCAAGCAACAAGAAGUACAUUUGUCUUGCACGAGAGAAACUGAAGGCGCAGACUGGAGCAUUAACCCUUGGAGGAGAGCCGUGCUUUCACGGGUUUAGUCCGCAUUAA